UUGGCCAGUAAUUCUUGAAAGUGUUGAAGACGGUCGAACCUGUGCUUAUAGCAUUAAGGGAGUCAACGAUGCCAAGAUCGUCUAUAGGCCUGCGAGUGGCUUUUGUCUACUUCGUGAUUGGACUUGCAAGGAGUAGCAUUUGUCCAGCUGAUAGAGCUCUUGCAAUCCACGAUGUAACCAGCGCCACCAACGGCCAGGUCACAAUCCAGCAAGGUAUUCUUCAGCAAAUUCCGUGCACUGCUUUUCGACCGGGCGAGAGUGUAGCCAGUGUUCUUUGGUACCGUGGCAACAGUCACAUCGACCCUCGAAAAGAAAGACUGAUUGGGCAGAACGACAAUAGGGCAAACCAGAACUAUGCUCUGACGUCAUACAACGGACUGAUCAUUAAAGACGUCACCAAACAGGACGAGGGGAAUUAUGUCUGCAUUGUUGUUUCUCGCGAAGCGAUCAACAGAUAUAGCGUGGUUGAAGUACAUGUUAUAGAAGGCGUGUUUCAAGCCGUAGAAGCUGACCUCAUAACUACGUCUAGCUUGGCUCAAUCUUUACGUCACAGGAUACCAUGCCGGUGUGGUAUGACGUCAUCUUCAACGGUGUACUGGUCACAGGGAACCGGUGUUACGAGUGGAACUGAUAUUCUCGGUGCCAGGUUCCCCGGUGGAACUGUACUUCAGUUCCAAGGUCGAGUUGGUAUCGGUGUAGCUUCGACCGGUUCGCUAAUACUCAACUCUCUUCAAAACACCCGAAAAACUGCGAGGUUUUGGUGUCACGUUUUCGAGCUGGACGGGUCUUUGAUGAAUUGUUACGUCGACGCAAAGAUAGUGAAAGAUGAUGAAAAACCGUCAAACAAUUCCCUUCAAGCUUCAACAGAUUCCUUCUAUGUUCUUAAAGGUGAAGAUCAAACACUGCCGUGUACCGAUGGACCAAUUAGCGAGCAGACAUGCGACGUACAAUGGUUUAAAGAUGCCUCAUCAGAAAUAGAACUUCUUGUGAACUAUACCGCCUUGAAUGACGUCACGUAUGACGAUGCGGGUUUUGGUCUCGGUAGUGAUUUUGCUCUUUUAAUAAAAUCUGCAGAUGAAGAAAAUGGCGGGAUAUACAUCUGCAAGAUGAAGUCUGGUUUCCGGCGUAUGGAGGUCCGAGUCAUUGGUGAUACGUUUCCACUUGACAAGGGCAACAUUUCAAGAUUUGAAGAAAUAACUUUUGAGCCUGGGCAGAAUUACACGCUAGAAUGUACGGUUGGUUUGAACACCACAAAAAGCAGAACAGCAUUUUGGUCAUUCGGCCAAAAAGAUGCAAUAAACACCACCGUUAUCGGAACAUUCAAAUCCCCGGAUAGUUUGGUGAACGCAGAGAGCAUUGGAAGGAACAGCUGUUAUAGUAUCACCGUUGAUGGCGCUCUACUGCUGACCGGCUGCCUGAUUGAUAGUGACGUCAGAUACUGGUGUCACGUGUUCCUAGACGGUGUACUGUACCGAUACUAUGUGGAUUUGGUCGUCGUACAAGAUUCGUCGAAGUCUUUCUUGGGUCCCUUCUGGAUAAUAAUCCCCAUUAUCGCAAUUGUCAUCAUCGUGUGUUUAGUGACUGUGCUCUGCUGGAAAUCCCGAGUAGUCAAACCGUAUUGCUCCUGUUACGUCAUGGUUGAUUUCGAAGAUUCUGACGCAGAGCUGAUUAGAGAAGUCAAGGACGAAGUAAUGGUGAGGGUUGCAAGAGUUCCAAUAACGCCUUGGGCUACAGACGACACCCCAUCAUGCUACAAACCAAUGGUAGACGUCUACAUACCACCCCAAUUGUUCAUCAAACACAAACAAGCCGAGCACACCAUACGGUAUCAGUUAGAAUCAGACGACCAACUCUUUGACGAUGGUAUCUCACAGCUAAAAAGUAAGCAUGUUAUCCUUGAGGGUAGGGUAGGUAGCGGGAAAACCACUCUCUUGCACAAGAUUGCGUUUGAAAUGUGCAUUGGGAAAGCCGAAGCAUUGGAGAGACAGGUUAGGUUGGUGCUGGUCUUAACAGCUAGGGUACUCCUUCAACAUGGAAAUCUUGGUGACGCAGUCUUUCAACAGUUAGGUCAACCAAAACACACAAAGAUAUCGCCAAGUUCUAUCAAUUCAUUUUGCAAAAGACACACCUUGGAUGUGGCGAUUCUUGUUGAUGACUGCGAGGAAGUUGGACAAGUCUUGGAGUUUAUCAGAAUGCAAGGUCUGUAUGGUGCUUACGUCGUUUUGGCAACAAGACAAAUACAGGAUACAGAUUUUAGAUCUGAGUUUGAUUGCCGUCAUGUCACAGUCUCUGGCUUCACACCGACAAGUUCUCGAGGGUUCAUCAAAUGUGUUCUUGACAACAGCAAGAGGAGCGAAGAACUUGUCGGGUAUCUUGACGAUCAUAUUUUACCUCCCGAUGUUGAGUCUCUUCCAUUGAACCUUACGGCUCUGUGUCAGCUAUCUUUGUGGACAGACGGUGAAGUUUUCAGACGUCGCCUUAAAACAAGCGAGUUGUUUUGUAAACUGGUCAAGUGUUUGUUUGAUGGUGCUGCGUGCAGAACAAAACAACAGGGCGAUGGUAGUGGUCAAACCAUGGAAUGCCAUCAAUCAACUCGAGAUCAACAGGGCAAUGGUAGUGGGCAAACCAACGCAGGCCAUCAACCUACUCAAGAUCAACAAGGCGAUGGCAGUGGCCAAACCAUGAAAGGCCAUCAACCAACUCGAGAUCAACAGGGCGAUGGUAGUGGGCAAACCAACGCAGGCCAUCAACCAACUCGAGAUCAACAGGGCAAUGUGAGUGGUCAAACCAACGAAAGCGAUCAACUAAGCCAACAUCAACAGAAAAUGCUGGUUAAUUUGGGAAAGAUAGUAAUACCAAGGGUUUUACAGAAUCAUGGCCUAUUUUGUGAGCUGUCCCGAAAAGAUGUUGAUCAGUUUGUUGAAAGCACGAAUAGUGCCUUUGACGAGGGUGUUAGAGUUGGGCUUCUCCGUGAGCGAGUUGGAGGUUCUGCAUCUCAAACAGAACGAACGGCUUACUUUGUCCUAGAGAUUCUCCAAGAUCUCUCUGUCGGCAUCAGUUUGACCCAAGCCGAUAAAAGUCUGUCUUCCUAUUUGGAAGAAAUGGUGCCUUUUGGAACGACAUUUGCCAAAGCGUUCCUGUUUGCUGGUUUGCCAAGUCAUAAUGCUUAUCCUUCCAUAAAGGGCAUAAUAGAAAAGACACUUGUAGAUAUUACAAGCAAACUGAAAAGUCUGAAACCAGUGUCUGGACAGUCCUUAGCUCCAAUUGAUCAGAAUACGUUUUUGAAACUAAAACAAAGAUACAUGCAGAUGAUUGAAAUGUAUCUCCAACUCCAACAUGAAUCAGGAGGUGGAGUGAGCUUACCAAUCAAGGUCAGAUUAUUGUCAGUAGGGAGUUCCCCUAAAUGCAAGAUUCGCUUAAUAGGGGUCUCAAGUCAUAAGUUACAGUUGCUUUCGUACUCUCUCACACACCUGCACCUGCAGACAAAAUCGAAGAUCAAGUCCAUCAAGUUGCUUCGAUUUGGCAAACACCCGUCGAAAGAGCUGAGGAAGUAUCUGGGGGAUUUUUUUCCAUACGUGUUUGAAGACACUGAUAAAGAAACGUCCAAACUUGAGGAGACAGAAUUGGUUAAUGUAACGCUGAGUUUGUUGUUGGAAAGGUUUGAAUCUAACCUAAGGGGUGAGGUUGAUGGGAUUUCAUCUAACCUUGACCUAGACACCGGUGUCAUUCUUGCCAUGCAGUCUCCAUUUCUACAAGACGCCAUGCUGUCGCAAUCAGGUGAAUGUUGCUCGUCAACCCCUGCUAGAGACUUUGCCCAUUGUCUCCUCAAGCUGACGAAUUUGGAGGAAAUUGUCUUGAUUGGGUCGAUUCUAGACUCAAAGACCAUCUGCGAGAUGGCGAGAAACCUGAAGAAUUUCAAGUUGUUGAAGAUGCUAGAUCUUCGUCUGAACAAGAAGAUUGACAGUUCUGCUUUCAGUGAGGUCACACAAUCAGUCUCUUCUUGCAGAAGCCUGGUUGAUCUUAGACUAUCUCUGUACGUGGUAACUCUGCAAGGGUACGAUGAAGUCACGCGAUGUCUUGAAAACGAUAAAAAUGGUUGGAAGAGAUUGAAGAAACUGUUUCUGCUUCACGGUAAUCCUACAGAAAGGUUUGUGGUAUUUCUAUCCGAAGUCAUGAGGUACCUGAAGAAUAUCAAUGAAUUCAACAUCGCAGCAAUCAACUCGUCUGAGAAGUUGUCACAUGAAGCUAUUGCCGGUUUUGAAAGUGCUUUCAAGUCGAUGGGGAUCAGUCAGAAAAACAUAGAGAUUGAGAACAUGGAAGAUUUGAGGGCUAAAAUAAAGCCGGCUUCCAAGGAUCAGAAGCAACAAGCUGGGAGUAUCGAGCCGGCAAAGGAAAGCGAAACAUGCGGUGUUGAUGAAACCUCUCCAUUAAUAGAUGAAGAUUUCGAACUACCCCAAAACAACCAAGAGGGGGUUGCACAAAAGAGCUAG